AUGGCUUUUGACUUCCAGCUGGGCUUUACAUUCUUCCAUGCCCUUCUUUCUUUCAUAAUUGGCACUGUCAUGCUGAUAUUUUUCCAGUCGUUCGUGCGCAAGCGGCAACAUCUCGUAGGCAAGGCACCGAAGUCUGUUUUCAUUCCCCGCGGCUACACUUUGGAGGAGCUGAGUGAAUACGACGGGGUCAAGAAGCCAUUUGCGUUUGUCGGCGUGCGGGGUGUCAUUUACAACUGCUCCACGGAUUUUUAUGGUGCCAAUGCACCGUACAACGACUUCGCGGGCCGUGACAGCUCGCGGCACUUGGGCAAAAUGAAGGUAGGACGCGAAGAGGCCAACGCAGACUGGACGACGCUCUCCAUGCCACACACCGUCACGCUGAGCGAUUGGGAGGAACGGCUGCGCAGCAAGUACGUCGCGGUGGGGUGGAUCAUUCCCCCGCCGGACUUCGUCCAGCGGGCGGAAAAGUUUGAGCCUUGA